AUGUCACCCGAGGCCACUCUCCGCAGUGACCAUGUGAACCUCUUGAUCUUCCGCUACCUCCAAGAAUCUGGCUUCGAGCUCGCCGCCACCGCUUUCCACAAGGAUUGGCAUCGCGCCGCCGAAUUUCGCGAUCCCGAAAGUCUGCCAUUCGCACAUACCCUGCAGCGCAACGAGCUGGUGUCCGUGGUACAGGCCGGUCUACAUUAUGACAAUCUGCGCGCCCGUGCGAGUAAAAGUGAGAGGAAGUUCAGAUGGACGAGUGCGGAUGCGCGGGAUAGUACAGAGAGGCAAGAUGGGAUGGUCGAGAAUGGUGCGGGUUCGAGGCCGUCUUCAAGCAGCCGCAGGAAAGCUCGACCAUCAGUCGUACGCGCGAUGGACGACUUCCCAGUCCCCGCACCGAAGAGGCAGAGGAGGAGUGAAGAUGAUGAACCCCAUGUAAAUGGCGACCGCGACGCAAUGGAUGUUGAUACCGCUUCUGCGGAUGCGGACGCCGAUGCUGAGGGAGAAGAGGAUAAUGACGUCCCGUCUCCAGCUAUGUUAUCCGAGACAGAAGCAGCAGAGGCUAUGGAGCGAUACGACAGUGUCAUGACGCAGACAGAGUCCAAGGUGGUGACAAAGACCAGCACAAUGCCUUGGACGAUAGACAGGCCGGGUGCGAAUGCUUUGCAGGGUCUGUGGAAUCCUAGCACGGCUCGUAAGGACGUUCACACUUUCCUUGCGGUUGGAGAGAAUCUUUGCAGAUUUUACGACUUGCCGGAAUCCGAUUGGGACGAACGACAGUUACAACAUGUGGACGAGCCAUCAAUACUGGAAGGCUCGACAGUAACAGCAUGUGCAUGGCGACCAGACGGCGAGGCCGCCAGUCUCGCCAUUGACACAUUGCGAUCAUUUCCCGACAAGUCAACUUCAGCAUCGUUAUCACUUAUCGAACGUAGUAGAGAUGGGCAGAUUACCACAUUUCAGCUUACACCGCCGGUUUUGGAGCCCACGGGAAUGACGAUAUCGAUAUCUUACAGCCCAGAUGGAAAUUACUUACUGGCCGGGCGGACGAAUUUAAAGCGAGGACUUGUACAGAUCUGGGAGACACCUCGAUCCGAUGUUGAGGAAACAAUCGCGGCUCGAGAGCCUGUUGCGUGGCGCAUGCUGGAGCAUCAGAUUACUGACGUUGUGUGGACUGGCAAGGAUACCUUUACAGUCUGUGGCGAAAACGGUCUUUCCAUGGUCUACCAGGUGGACUCGAAUUUACAGCAAGAUGUGGAGGUCUCCGCGGUCAGCAUCGCAUCACGCGGAUUGAUUGCAAUAAGUACCCAGCUGCUGGAAGGCGAGCACUCGUGGAGCCACUUAUCGACAGACCGACGGAACGGUGUAGUCGCUUUCGCCUCGGUCGAAGCCGGAAAGUUAGUCUUCACAUCAAGACUGCAAAAGGACGAAACUUCGACGGAAUCCGAUGCCGAGAUCGAGCUCCCAGACCAAUUGACAGCUGUGGCAUUUCAGCCUCCAUCAAAAAAGGCCGAAUCAUCCGACACAAAGUCUCCCUCGGAACCUUCCCUACUAGCCCUCGCCUUCGAAAGCGGCCAAUGCACCAUCUACAGCGUCAUCCGAUCCCCCCAAUCCAUUAUCUCCAUCGCCGAAGUCGCCUCUCUCUCCCUAAGCGAAGGUCCCGCAACCGCUCUAGCCUGGUCACCGAACGGCGAGCAUCUUGCUGUGGGCAACGCGGACAUCAUGCAAAUUUGGCAGGCAAGUUCGUUGAAGCGCAAAAACGGCGUCAUGCAUGCGACGGAGGCGGCCAUUACCUGGCGCCCUGUUACGGAGACUAGGGGUGUGGAGAAUGGACAUGUCCAGGAGGGAGACGAGGGGAUUGGUGCGCUGCCGCAGCCGAGUUUGGCGUGGAGUGCGGAUGGCGAGAGUCUCUCGUUUGCCGCGGAUAAGAAGGUCGCCAUUAUUCGGUUCCGACCACAGUUGAAUGCCGACGCCAACGGCCGCGACUCGCCCUGA